AAUUUGUUCUUUUACAUGUUACAGGCCUUGUUUUAUUCUGCACUACGUUGCUCUCGGGAAAUGCUUGCUAUAAAUGAUGGUUCAAAGAAUUUGGUAAGAGCCAUCAACAAUAGACUUAGUGCGUUGUCGUUCCAUAUCAGGGAAUAUUACUGGGUGGACAUGAAAAAGAUCAAUGAGAUCUAUCGUUAUAAAACGGAAGAGUACUCCAUGGAUGCUACAAACAAGUUCAAUAUUUAUCCUGAACAAAUUCCUCCAUGGCUUAUGGAUUGGAUACCAGAAGAAGGUGGAUAUCUGAUAGGCAACCUACAGCCAGCACACAUGGACUUUAGGUUCUUCACACUAGGAAACCUUUGGUCCAUUGUUUCAUCUCUGGGCACUCCAAAGCAGAAUGAAGCUAUCUUAAAUCUAAUUGAAGCCAAAUGGGAUGAUAUUGUGGGGCAUAUGCCUCUUAAAAUAUGUUAUCCUGCAUUGGAGUAUGAGGAAUGGCGUAUAAUUACUGGAAGUGAUCCAAAGAAUACCCCUUGGUCAUACCAUAACGGCGGAUCUUGGCCUACACUUUUAUGGCAGUUCACAUUGGCAUGCAUCAAGAUGGGUAGAUUAGAAUUAGCUCAGAAGGCAGUUGCUUUGGCUGAGAAAAGCUUGCACCGACCGCUGGCCUGAUACUACGACACUCGAACUGGAAAGUUUAUUGGAAAGCAAUCCAGAUUAUACCCAAACAUGGACAAUUGCUGGAUUCUGACAUCUAGAAUGCUCUUAGAUAAUCCAGAGAUGGCAUCCUUGUUAUUCUGGGAGGAAGAUUAUGAGCUUCUUGAGAUUUGUGUUUGUGCACUUAGCAAGACUGGCAAGAGAAAAUGCUCCCGUGGUGCUGCUAAGUCCCAGAUUCUUGUUUAAUGAGAGUCCAUUUUUUCAAAGGCAAAAAAGCUGUUGUUCUGUACAGCCACAAGUUUAGGAAAGAAAUAGAGGAAUAUGAUUAAAAGAGCAAAUUUGAAGCUCAAAAUGUAGAAUACACAUUAUUUGUGUUACACAUAUUCUACUGUAAAAAUAGCUACGGAGAUCAAUUAACAAGUUGAUCACCAUACUCUCAUAUUGAGUGAGGGGAGGCUCAUUAGUAAUGCCUCCCGAGAGAUUGUUUGUACAUUAUUUGACCAUGCCUUGCAUGCUCUUCUCUCCAGUUUGUUUCAAAUCCUCCCUUAAAGUAAUCUUUUCUGUGUUGAUUGACCUAA